UAUACAACUUGAUCUCUAGUGUAAAGUGAGCUGGAGCCUAUACCAGCUGACUUGCGGUCAGAUGGCACUAUGGGGUGGCAAUGGCCACCCGACUGGCCAUCUAGACAUUUCAGGUAUCAACUUAUUGCAAGCCUAUGUGAGUAAUGGUCCCACCUUGGUCACCCCGAUGAAAAAUGUCUGUCUCCGCCACUGGAUGGAUGGCCAUUCAAUCACAAGGCACAUAUAGACAACCAUUAACACACGCCUAUGGACAAGAUCGGGGGCCACCAACCAAUAGUUUGCCAAAGGGCCAAAGAACAUUUGCUUCAACUCUUCAUACCUCUAUUGAAUCAAAUGACCACAAAACAGCAGAAAGACAACAGCCUAACAGUUUGAAUGGAGAUCUGCUUUUGUGAAUAAAGUACAAUUUAAAAGUUGAUAGUCAUAUCAAUAGAUAAAAACAGUAAUAGCUCACCUUUUGCAAAGUAAACUAGAGGGACAAGUUGAGAGAAACCUGUGGUAGAAAUAAAUGCAUACUGAAAUACAAGAUGCAGAUGAACUUUUUUUGAUGUUUUUGUAUCAAAUGUACGCUGUGGAUAAAAAUAUUUUGUUAAUGUUCUGGCAGAAAAAUCUUACUCAAGUGUUUGGCCAUUUUCAUUUGGUAAAAGUAGCUCUCACAAAAAAGGUUAGAGACCCCUGGACUAGCAGCUCCAAUUAACCAACCAUGUAUGUUUCGGAGAAGUGGGAGAAACCCACACAAGCACAGGGGGAACAUUCUUGUUCCACACAUGUUCCAAUGGAGAUGUGAACGCCAAUCUCCUGAGUAUGAGGCAGAUGUGUUAACCAAUAACUACGCUGCCAUAGCUCUAUAAUGCUUCCGAAAAGCUGUGUUCACACAAAUACAGUAUGUCCUGUUCACUUCUACAUACAAUUAGCAUAUUCAAAGCUAGGGCCAUGACUUUGUUUACAAUGGACAAACAGCAAGAGGUAGGCCUGAGACUCCCAAGCUACCCAUGAGCCUCUUGGGGUGCUUGUCCUGUUCUGCUUUGACUGUGGAUCUCUUAAUAGGAUUAUCUAUUCUCAGUACUGGAAGAAGACAGAGGCAGAGCGUGUUGAAACGCAAAGCAGCAACUAUGACAUAUCUCUGAGUGACCUCUGAAGAGGAGCUAUUGCAGUUUCCAAUGUGAAACAACAGGAAUAUUCCACAUCAAGUCUACCCAUGCAGUGAUGCAUCCUGAGCCGGAUGAAGAGACCAAUGGCCACGAUGAGGCGGGCAUCUGUGACAGUGAUGACAGCAAUGAGGAAAGCAGCCAGGAGGAGCCACCGACUACUAAAUGGAAUGAGUUGUCCAUCAUAGAUAGAGUCGGUCUCAACAGUGUGAAGAUGUCAGAGACUGACUUGGAGAACACCUUCUCUCAGAUUGCCUUGGCUUUCAGCUGUGACCAGUACACCCUGAAGCAGAGGCUACAGGCGGAGGAGCACGCCCGCAACCUGGCUGAGGAGAACAUCAAGGUGGAGCUGUCCCGAGGCCGAGAGACACUGGAGGCACUAAAGGGCUUAUGCCUGGACAGUAAACGUAGUAAGAUCCUGCAAAGGCUGGAGUUGUGUCUGGAUAUCCUUGCUGGAACCGUGGAACGAAUCUCCAAUACGGCUGAGGUGCUCGGAGCAGUGCACAAGGAGGCUCAUGUGAGUCGAGCAGUGGAGCUCAUGGUGGCUCACGUGGAGAAUGUGAGGAGGCGGCUGGACCGACACGAGACGGAGCUGGAGGAGGCCAAGAAGAUGAUUUCGCAGCAGAAUUCCUGCAGAAGCAUUGCUGAACCAGGAACUCCUUUAGAUCCAGACAAAUGUGACAGCUGGAAGAAAAGCUUUCAGCAAAAUGGCAGUCGCCGCAGAGUCAGUGUGUCAUUAAUUCCAAGUGAAAUCCUGCCUCACCAGAAGAAGGGAAAGAGAGAGUCCAAGAAGCGGGCCUCGCGUGGAGAAGGUGAAACAGGAAGCAAGUCUUGCUCGUCUCCAACCCUGAGCUCGGAGUCCAACUGCAGUGCCAUGAAUAAAGACGAUAGCUACUCAGUGGAUGACAGGCCACUCGAUCCAGAUGAAAAGAUGUCACAAGUGUCUGCUGUUGUAGUUCCCUUAGACAUGCCCCCCAAUCCCUCUGCCUCUCCCGCUCUCACUCCUACUCCCAUCCCAGAAUGCCCUGUCCCAACCAAACCAGCAGCUGGCAAAAAGGCGCAAGACAACAGGAGCACACAGGACACAAUACAGAGACACAAAAGCAAAGCUGCUUUAUCCAAGAAAAAGACUGACAAACAGAAAAAAAGAACAAUCGCCUACCGGCGGGUCUCUUUGGGAAGAGAUGGGUCACUGUGGAGGCGAUGCCCUCUGGAUGGUUGUCGCCGGCUGCUCUCCUGCGUCUGCAUCUGUGUGCUUCUCUCUGUCAUAACCUGGAUUUCCGUCCUGUGGAUCCUUCAUGAUGAGGCGCCUGAGCCUUGACGUCUGCUUCAGGAUGCUGUGAGUUUCAGAAGGAAGCUGAAACUACCUGUGUGAGUCUGCAACCUCUUGAUGUACAAAUAUUAAACCUUUUGAUGUCAA